UGCGCUCAACUCCAUCCCGAAAGGCAUGUUCGAUGUUCGAGGCACCUCUGGACAGAUUCAAUACCCGAAAGUGCACUCGACAAAACCAUAUCACUCCAAACUCUGUUCACUGGUUGAUAGCAGAAUUUGAGCAGAUACUUCCCGGAUUCUGAGGUUCCUCUUUGUGUUGUCUUCUUUGAUUGGAUUUCACGAUUUGCAAUUGGGUCUUGACUUAGGCUCAAUUCUUCUUAUAAGCCACGAUAAUACGAGGCAGGAUGAUGUGACUUUGGCUCUCAAGAAUCGACGAACUGAUUUGAUCCACAGUGAGGUUUCAUUGGAAGCUUCACACCGUGACUCGGCUUGCUUUUGCCGCGGUUGUGUACAUGUGCAUGAAGCUUCCUCCACUGAGUUGAGUUCUCACUCGUUCGCUUACCUUCCUCCUCCUGGUCGAUGAUCGAGAAGGACUCGAGUGGAUCGCGAGAAUCAACAGACCCUUCGUUCAUCCUGAAAUCCCCGCCGCCCGGGCACAUCGUGUUAGACCUGAGGUCAACCUUACUCUCUUCCGCUCGGUCGCUCGGAGGCACUCACGCCACCGGUGAAGGGCAAGUGUGGACUGCCACUUCAUUCAUAAGUUUAAUCUCUGGGGCACCAAGACCAAGAACUCGAGUUUGCCCCCGUGCGCACUCGCAGCAUAACAUUUUCACCACGCAUUCUCGGAGGAUGUGAGUUGUGGAUUCAGGAGGUGCCUUCGGUACAAUUGUGACAAGCAAUGGACGUCGGUUUGCUGUCAGCGUACAGGAGGGGAAUCAAGGGAACUGUGUCUCGAGUAUCUGAAAACGCCAUGAUUUGUGUCACGUAGCUCAGCGCUGCGGUCUAUCGAAGUGGUUGCCUCGAUACCACACAACAGUUCAAGUCGUGGACCCAUCCGUGGUACUUCAGACACAGUACGCUGAGAACAGCAGCAUUUAUCAGAACGUGUGCGGUUGGUUUUGAUACUCAGUCAUGAUCCUGCACCUCCUUCCAAGUUUUCAUGAUAAGCACAGUACGCUGUGCGCCAUCUCGUGUACCCUACCAUGAAAAUCAGGUGUCCUCAAAGCACAAAUUGUCGGACACAUUUCCCGUACAUUCAGUUUUCCAUUCGAGUGCAGUGUUUGGGUUUUCAGCUCUCGAUGUAAAGAUACCAAAUCCCCAACUUGAACCCGAAAUCGAGGCUGUCGAACCUUUGCAUUUACAGCCGCUUCGAUCCUCUUCAGCGUUUUCAGUCCAUCGCAUAUCGUAAGAUGUCACGCUUCGACUGGAUCCAUCUCUCUCCACGUCAACACCAGUUUCAUCUAUCCGAUUGACGCUAAGGAGUUGGGCAAUGGCAGGCCUCAGAAAGUCCAGUGAGAUCUAAGGCUCUUCAAAGCUCGAGCCUGCUUACACUGUACCUUGCAAGGAUACAGAAUAAAAUAUUCUUCGAAAGUAUCAGCCUCGGUGUCGCCAGGGGCAGCUGACAGAGGCAGUGGCCGGUGCCGGUACCUGCGGGCUGCAAAUGGCAGGUAUUGCAGGAGGAAGGCUAGAGAAGGAGCGAACAAUGAAGGACACUCUGGCAAGGUACAAACUUGGAGGUCGCAUUUAUGACGCUCCUAAGUUCCAGGAAAAGAUAAUUCCCCCAAGCUUUCACCUCCCAGGACAUUGGCAUGCUCUCGAACCUCACUCAUAGCUCAGUUCAGUGCGAGGCACAACUUAAGAAGUGCAGGAUUCACGAGGGAAUCUCUGGACGAGUGUCCACCGUACAUUCCGAAUCAUACAUUCCACAAAACGGAAACAUUAAGAAAUCGGUGGAAUUGGCACCCACAGAGGUUUUCUAAGAGCAAAGCACAAACCACAGUCAAGCAUCAAGGACCGUGCCUGACCUGACGACUAACCACGCGUGCAAAUUACUGUAGUGCUGCUCGAGGCCGGAGUUACCAUGCAAUAUCCACCAUAUAAGGGUCAUGUCGUUGUGCAGGAUCGUGUUGCAUGUGGAAAGUGCGCAGGAGCAUAAAGGUCGGGGGACCAGGAGGGAGGGGAGGGAGGGAGGUACAGUACAGUCCGGUAGGUGGUUGGCUAUGGAGAACGGAUCUGACGGAGGAGCUGAGGCUGAGAUUUGGAAGGAGGAGGAAGGGGGUCUGGUUGGCUGUGGUGGAAUUAGCGGUGCUGGUGAUCAGGACGAAGAUAGGAUAAAGAAAGUAAAGAAAGUGGGCCCUCUAGCAACGACGAUGUUCCGGUGCGACGUUCGUACAACUCACACUCUGUUGUUCCAAAACUGCCACAGAUGCUAAGGUUCCCCGGCUUCCGGGGCCCUUCACUUCACUGGGGAAAGAAGGACUGCACCAUUACCAGCAAAACAUUCAAGAGUAGGCUUCCGAACAACAUCAACACAAAGCCUGAUCGGGACACAGAACAAUCUUAUUGUAUGGAGUGGAUCUUUUGAUCGACCCAAAGCUGGUGUAGCUGCGGUUCUUCAAAUUUAAUAUACCCUCGUUCAUGCUCAUAGAUUAGAUAGUUCUGCUGGAAUCUACCAAACGAAAGAAACUGGUCUAUCUAGAUCUGAAAGUCUCUUCGGGUUAUACUAAUGAUACAUAGCAAUAUAAAAGAGGUUACUCGACUCUUAUAGCAAUCAGGUAGCCAUCUCUAACGUUUUGACACAUAACCCAAAUCCAC